UGAGACGACACGCCUCGUUUUGUUGCAGGUUUGUGACUUGGCAGCAUGGCAGAGGCAGACCGUCCAGGAAAGCUCUUCAUCGGUGGACUGAACACCGAGACCACCGAGAAGGCCCUGGAGCAGUACUUCAGCAAGUAUGGCAGGAUUGUGGAAGUUCUUCUGAUGAAGGACCGUGAAACAAACAAAUCAAGAGGCUUUGCUUUUGUUACUUUUGACACUCCAGCUGAUGCAAAGGAUGCAGCUCGUGAGAUGAAUGGAAAGUCUCUUGAUGGCAAGCCAAUCAAAGUGGAGCAGGCUACAAAACCCCAGUUUGAGAGUUCUGGCAGGCGAGGACCCCCACCCAUGCACUCCCGUAGCCGUGGUCCACCCAGAGGCCCCCGUGGUUCUCGGGGAGGUCAUAGCGGUAUGAGAAGCCCUCCACCAAGAGAUUACUAUGAUAAUUCAGGGAAUGUAGAACCCUUCUUUAAAGGAAUGUCAUCCAGAGGACCCCCAAUGAAGAGAGGACCCCCUGUUCGUAAUGGAGGUCCCCCACCAAAGAGGUCUGCCCCAUCUGGCCCCAUGAACAGACCCACCAUGUCAAGAGACAGGGAUCCCUAUGGUCCACCCCCACCUCGCAGAGACUCCAUGAUGUCCAGGAGGGAUGACUAUCCAUCACCAAGAGAUGACCAUUACAACUCAAAAGAUAGCUACUCCAGUCGGGAUUAUAAUUCUAGAGAUUCCAGGGACUAUGGACCUCCACCCAGAGAUUAUUCAUACAGAGAUUACUCCAAUUCCAGCUCCCGGGAUGACUAUGGGUCAAUGUCUAGAGGAUACAGCGAACGUGACAGUUAUGGGGGAAGCCGAGAACCCAGAUAUAUGGACCGUCCCAGCAGUGGCUACAGAGAUUCAUAUGAUGGUUACGGUAACUCUCGCAGCGCCCCACCUUCAAGGGCCCCCCCACCAUCCUAUGGUGGGAGCAGUGGAAGCAGUCGUUACGAUGACUAUGGCAGCAGUUCCCGGGAAGGCUAUGGCAGUCGUGACAGUUACCCCAGCAGUCGGAGUGACCCAUAUCCACCUAGUCGUGGUGAGCGAAUGGGCAGGCAGGAAAGGGGCCCAGCUCCCCCUGUUGAGAGAGGCUACCCUCCUCGUGAUUCAUACAGCAGCUCAAGUCGUGGAGGGCCACGCGGUGGCCGCGGUGGCAAUCGACCCGAUAGAGGAAUGUCUCGCAGCAGAUACUGAACUGGACUUGAAAACCACAUGAAAGCAGACGUUCUCUCCGUGCACAUUUAACAAGUGUUUUAGAAGAAAUCUAACAACACAAACUAGCUUUGUCUAAAUCUGUGGAGUAUAAAGCUUAGCUUUGAAUAUGUGUCUUGACUUCCCAAGUUUUUGUGUAAAGUUUGUUUAUUUUUUUUAGUAUUUCUAUUACUCAUGUAACAGUACAGUUACCAAGUGAGUGUUAGUUUUUACGUUCAGUGCUGUUGGAAUCUGCAAUGAACUACAAGUCUGGAUUUCCUACUCAAAUAAAGCUUUUAGUUGAACUUUAACCACUGCUCAUCAAUUAUCAAACACUAAGAGGGGCCGCAAUAUGAAUGUUGAGUAACGACUUGAUGUUUCCAAGUUUCCUGUAAAGCUUAGGUGACUCUGCUCGUGCUAUUAAAAAUAGACGAGUGACCUCUGUUCAUGCUUAACACAAAUGUGCCAUCGCUUGGACGCUUCAAGGGUCAGGCAAAUGUUACUGUCAAAAUGUUCCGAUGUAGUUCCUUGGAAAUGGAUCCAUCAUCCUAGAGCCAUUUGAUGGCAUGCAACGUCAAAACCAAAGGCAACAACAACCAAAUGCAACUCGACUGGUAGUCAGCAGCUGGUAAGCAAAGCAAACCUCUUUGUUUCUCAUCUGUAAAUGAGUUUCUCAUUGACCUGUAUUGCAGUCUCCCUUCAAAGGGUGACAUUCAAGACAACUAUUGCCUCAGAAGGACAAAAAAAGGAUGUCAACUGAAUGUGACUUUCACUGUAGAGCGUUUAAUGAGCUAAUCAUUUUAAAACGGCGCCAACCUCCCAAGAAGUUUCGUCCAUUUUCAAGAGAGGGUCUUAACAGCCAUUUUGCAAACAUGAGCCCUUGCAGCAUUGACCCUUUGCCUUACCAGUCGUCCAAACUCAGUAAAGGGAUGAAGGAAACUGUGACUUUUUUUUACAUCACAACUUAAUAUUACUAGAUUUUUGUAAGCCUUUUUUAUUGGUAAAUUGAAAGACAUCUGUUUAAUUGAGAGCCAUCUUUUGAGUACCAAAAUACAUCCUUCAAGCAUGCCAUUUCAAACAAUGGAGACCUCUGGAAGAACGCCAUCCGUACGACCGAACUGGAAACGAUCACUGUUGCGAAUUAAGUCGGACCAAGGACCACACAAUAUAUAAACAUUAUUAAUGUAUAAUGAAUACAAAAUUUAGUGAAGGGCAAAAAGUUAAUAUUAUGUUCUCAUUGCAGGAUAACCAACCCUCCAAGGCAACUGACCUUGGAACUUACCUGAAUUGUGUCCUCGAGUUGUUGGACCAAUUAAACUGCAACACAAAAGUGCAGGUUCUGGCACAGGAGUCUGUUGAGAGUGCUCGUAGAAUCUUUGCUCCAAGCGGAAAUGCGUGGCAGGAGUUGGGAGAACACAAGUGGGGACUUGCUCAAGUUUAGUGUUUCUGGUGCUCUUCAAUAAAGAUUUUUUAAAAGAG